UGAGACCUCAGUGGAACUCUUUUUGCAUAACAAGCCAAAUGAUAAGACUUGAUCAAAUCUGAUUGGCAAGCGUCAAGCACUUGCAGCGAGAGAAAACUAGAAAUACAAAUCCAUAUUCCUUCAUGGGGCCCUGGCCAGUGCCGUGUACAACCAACAUUCCUUUCUUCAUUUGAGUCUUUGGAUUUCACAUUCGGCGUGUUCCAUCUGCUCCACUCACUGCGUUCACGGUACCGGUGAUCUACAACAUAAAUAAAUCCGCACCUCUAAUAUGAUGAAGGACCACCAACGCCGAUUCACAGACGACAAUCCCUGGAACUCGGUCCCUCCAGGGGUCAAUCCGUUUCAAUUUUCUAUAGAUCGCAGCGCUCACCAGGGUUUUGCACCGUUGUCGAGACUCGCCAAAGCUCUCCUGCUGGUUUUUUUCGUCUUCCAUCUUUUGAUUGCAAUAUUCUGUUUGAUAAUUCUUGUCUUGCCGUAUAUUCGGGGAGUAAAACAAUCUCAUUGGUUUUUCAGGAAGCUGUACAUCCAGGAUCAGUCUAGGCAGAAAGGUUUGUUCGAGCUAUCUUUACCGCUGCCGUUGGAUUGUUUCAACUCAUAUGAAUGCUUUUCCUCAUUUGCGCUUCAAGUUUACAAAGUUCCUUUACUCUGGGUCAAUGGCGGGGUCGUCAUGACCAUGUCCCAGUUGAUGGGCUCGGUAGCCACUCUAGCAUACAUCUUAAUUCAGCUCGCGAUCACACAGUCAAUCAAUGCAUCUCUUCACGUACAGGUGGAACCUGCUUUGGCAAUGAUGUGCAUGUGCGAAAUGCUUACCUACUGGAGCCAGAUGCAUUGCUUCGUCGUCGCAAUGUUUUACCAUAACCAUAAGACUGAUUCAAAUGGCCCAAAGAGAUGGACUCCGCCGCCGAUCUUCAUCAACUGUCUUUUUCUUGGUUUCCCGAUGGUCCUCGUCAUUGCGACUCUCCCACCAGUGAUCGGUUUAUCACUAAAUCAUAACCAAAUAACAAUUGGAGUAACCAGUAUCAUGAAUACUUUGAGGCAAGGCGCUUCAGUUUGGGACCAACUGAAAGUGCCGUCAACGACCAUUGAAGAAAAACACGAGCUUACAACUCAGCUUAAUCAAAUCAUGUCGCAACUGAAAGACCUCGGCGUUCACAUCGGUAUUCACGCAGAACGUCUUAAAUUUUUUAUUGUUGUAUUUGGAGUAUUGGUGCAAAAAGUGCAGCAGGCGGAGGAACAAUCAGCCUGCGGAUCAUCUGCUUCAAAGCCUUUUCGCCGCUGGUUUAAUCUCAAGAAUCAUGCAACCACGAGUGGGGUUGAGCCCAAGGAUCGUUCUGACACGGGGGAGCAAACGAGUAUCAUGAAUCGCCAAUUCUUCCAUCUGAUACUUCGGUCAAUAUGUAUCAUUGUAGCGAUGUGUACCAGUAUUACUCUUUGUAUUUUAGGCAUCGUCAAGUCACACGACGGUUCCAUCCGAAGCUCCUACUGGGCAGGUGUGACGACUUGGCUAGCGACACUGGCUGGCUCCUGGUCUGCUAUCCCGAUUGUGUGGCAAUGCUGGAGGUUAUACAACGAUGAUUUGGGCAGAACCUUUCAAUCUUCAGUAAAUUCCAGACAUGCUCCGUCGAGUGGGGAAAGCAAUCUCAAGAACAGUGUCCAUCGCAAGCCUUCGGAGGAACGACUCGAUAUAAGAAUUGAACUCGCAGCAAAGUAGCCCCCGUUACGAGCCAUGAAACCAUUUAAAUUCUCCAUCAAAAAUCCUUCCGCUAUUUGAGUAGUAACAUUCCCUUGCGACGAGACGGGUUUGUAAACAGUCAUUGGGG